UGAGGAGAGUGCGCCUCCCUCGCGCCCGAGUGGCUGAACCCGCAUAAAGCCUGUAACCAAUGAGCAAAUCGGAAUGUGCGGAGGGCGGAACCAAGGGUUGAUCCCUCAGAAAGGCCACGACUCCGAGCGCUCUGAUUAGCCGGCACUCCUGUAGGGCUCUGAAUAGACUCCCUGGGAUUGGCCUGACCCUGACGCCAUCUGAUUGGGCUUUUCGACCGCGUCUCUGAUUGGUGCGCGGCUUCAGACAAAUAUCCUCGGGUUAGCGGCCAUCUAUAACUCCUAGGGCGCCAUCCCGUUCCCCUUCUUGGGCGUGGCGCCCGCUGAUUGGUUGGCAAGCUGCGAGGGUGGUGGCCCGUGGCCGUGCGAAGACUCAGACUUCAGUUUCCGUGAAAUCACCAGGCUCUGUACUCACUACAGUACUGUAUCAGGACAUGGACUGGGACCAGUUUGACUUGAACCCCAAAGUGAUAGCUGCUGUUAAGAAAGCUAAUAUAAAAUCAAUAAAAGAGAUUUUGAAUCUUUCUGGAGCAGACUUGCAAAGGCUGACAAAACUGUCCAGUAUGGAUGUACAGUGCUUACUGAAAACAGUCUCUGGUACAUUGAGGAAAAGCUGUGUGCUUACAGCGCUUCAGCUGUACCAAGACAAAGAUCACUGCACAACUCAACACCAGAAACUAAGCCUGGGUUGCUCAGUACUAGAUAGCUUGUUAAGAGGUGGCAUUCCUUUGGUGGGGAUCACUGAACUUGCUGGUGAGAGCUCUGCUGGAAAGACUCAGAUUAGUUUGCAGCUGUGCCUUUCUGUGCAGUAUCCUUAUGAAUAUGGAGGAUUAGAAUCUGGUGCUGUCUACAUUUGCACAGAAGAUGUUUUCCCAAAUAAACGCUUGCAGCAACUGAUUGAUCAACAACAUACAUUUAGGGCAGAUGUUCCACUGGAUGUCAUACAGAAAAUAAAAUUUGGAAACAGUGUUUUCAUUGAACAUGCCGCAGACCUUGACACCUUCUACAACUGCCUUGCUAAAAGGAUUACCUUACUACUCUUGAGAGGCAUGGUGCGUUUGGUGGUCAUUGAUUCUAUGGCUGCUUUGUUUCGAUGUGAAUUUGGAGCAAAAGAUUCUGUUAUGAAAGCCAGAUAUCUACAGAGGUUCGGAGCAAAACUUCACAGUUUAAGCAGCAGAUUCAGAACUCCAAUAGUGUGCAUUAAUCAGGUAACUGAUUCAAUGGAUGAGACAGAUGUUGCUCAGAGCAAUUUUGGCUUAUUGGAUAAGAAAGUUUCUCCAGCACUUGGGCUAACCUGGUCCAAUCAACUGUUGAUGAGAUUGAUGGCCAGUCGCAUAACACAAUCAGAACAGUCACCUGGAGGUGCAUUACAGCAUAGUGGAAGUGUUUUGAGGACUUUAAGCGUGGUUUUUGCUCCUCAUCUCCCUCCAUCCUUUUGCUGCUAUGCAGUAAAUUUGGAAGGUGUGAAAGGUGUAAAAGUGAAAACCCCACUGUGAAAAUGUUACAUAUCUUUGGAAUCAAGAAGCCAUUGGCCUACUUAUUUUUCCCCAGCUAUAGAAAAGAUGCCUCACCAUGUAUAUGAAAAAUGUUGCUUGGACAAUAUACUUUUAUAACCAUAUUCUGCAAAAAUACAGAAGCAGUGAUGAAGAAUAGAUUUCUGUACCUACUUUUAGAUUCAGUUAGGUUUGCAUCUUUGUGAUAAAGCCUCUGUCCCAAAUCUGGACCUUAAGCCCCCAAAUUUUGGAUGCUAACAUGAAACUCCC